CGAGAAUCGUCUAUUGACUGACUUUAAGAACGUUUCGGUAGGAUAGAGGACUGAAUAAUUUAAUGCCGUCCAUCAAAUGAAACGUCAUUAUUUUCUGUAUUGCUAUUUAUGUAAUGAUACUGAGUUAUUUGAGCACAUAAAGCAUACAUUUCAUUUUUUAUGAGUUUGGUCCCUAUGGUUUAAUGACCAGUGUUCUGUGACAUGUGGAAACGGGACCCUGACACGUGUACGUCACUGCUCCACUGGCCACGUCGAGGAUUGUGUGGGAAACAGCAGCGAAAUAGUUCACUGUCGGGAAAUGCCUUGCACAGGAGUUUAGUCCCUAUGGUUCAAUGACCAGUGUUCUGUGACAUGUGGAAACGGGACCCUGACACAUGUACGUCACUGCUCCACUGGCCACUUCGAGGAUUGUGUGGGAAACAGCAACGAAAUAGUUCACUGUCGGGAAAUGCCUUGCACAGGUACAUGUAGUUUGGCAAGAAUCGUCUAUUGACUGACUUUAAGAACGUUUCGGUAGGAAAGACGACUGAAUAAUUUAAUGCCGUCCAUCAAAUAAAACGUCAUCAUUUUCUGUAUUGCUAUUUAUGUAAUGAUACUGAGUUAUUUGAGCACAUAAAGCAUAUAUUUCAUUGUCUAGGAGUUUGGUCCCUAUGGUUUAAUGACCAGUGUUCUGUGAUAUGUGGAGACGGGACCCUGACACGUGUACGUCACUGCUCCACUGGUCACGUCGAGGAUUGUGUGCGAAACAGCAGCGAAAUAGUUCACUGUCAUGAAAUGCCUUGCAAAGUAUGGAACUGCACAUUUGACAAUGACAAUUUAUGCAACUGGACAAAUGUGAACUGGAGCGAAGACAAUUUGAAUUGGAACCUGAUACAUUCGACAACUCCAACAGAUAAGACUGAACCUUCAAACGACCACACGACUGGAAAUAUUGAUGGGGCUUACAUAUUUUUGAAAUCAAGCGCACCUACUGUGCAAGGUGACAAUGCGAUGCUGCAAAGCCCCGAAAUCAACACUACGGGGUCACUUGGUAUCUGUCUAAACUGUUGGUACAGCACGAACGGCGAUUCUAUCGGAAGUCUGAAAGUCUACAUCGAGGAGGCAGGGUUCAGACGUUUGAUAUGGUCUCUUUCUGGACACCAGGGAACGGAAUGGCGAAACGCGAGUGUUCCGUUACAUUCCAACCAGAAAGUCCACAUAAUCCUCGAGGCAACUGUUGGAGACGGUUUUCUUGGCGAUAUUGCACUGGAUGACAUUUCAAUGACAUGUGGUCCAUGCCAACUAGAGCCAUCGAAUGCCAGGCCGAUAUCUCUGAUUAUCGUGGGAUAAGUGAUGAUGCACCAUUUUAACUUGUUUUGAA